AUGUUUGGCAUCCCUAAGUUCUUCGGCUGGAGAGGCAGGUCUCUCAACCUGGCCAUCAGUUCUCUAGGAAGUCUUGAUUUCUUACUGUUCGGUUAUGACCAAGGCGUCACUGGCGGUCUCCUAGAUCUGCCAUCCUUCAUCAAAUAUUUCCCAGACAUCAACCCGGACGAUCCGCUCAUCGCGAAUGACCCUGCCGAGAAGUCACAGCGCAGUCUGAACCAGGGUAUUUCGGUUGCGUCUUACAACCUGGGCUGCUUCAUCGGCGCUAUCCUGACUAUCUUCAUUGGUAACCCUCUCGGUCGACGACAUACUAUCUUUUGCGGGUGUACGAUUAUGGCCACGGGUGCGUUGUUGCAGUGCACUGCAUUCCACCUACCUCAUUUCAUCGUGGGUCGUAUUGUCACUGGUAUUGGGAAUGGCAUGAAUACGAGUACUGUGCCGACCUGGCAGUCAGAGUCCUCAAAGGCCCACCACCGUGGCAAGAUGGUGAUGAUCGAGGGUGCGCUUAUCACAGGUGGUAUCACACUCAGUUACUGGAUUAACUAUGGCAUGGCGUUCAUUGGAGAAUCCGAAGUGGCCUGGAGAUUCCCCCUCGCUUUCCAGAUCCUGUUCGCGGUAGUAAUCUUCACCUCUAUCUUAAAUCUACCCGAGUCGCCUCGAUGGCUUGUGAUGCAAGGGCGAGACGAAGAGGCCUUGGAGAUUUUGGAGGCACUGAACGAGAAACCUCGGGACGAUCCAUACAUCAAGAACGAACUUAUCGCUAUAAAAGAAACCGUCAACGAAAUGAACAAGGGCUCGUAUCGUAGCUUGUUCAAAAUGAGCGAAUACCGAGAGUUCCACCGAGUUGCCCUCGCCUAUAUCAACCAGAUGUUCCAGCAGAUAUCUGGUAUCAAUCUCAUCACCUACUACGUGAGAGAAGCCUCAUUAAGAUGUUUUGAACUUUCACUAAAGCAAAGCAGGCCCCAUCACUGUACAGAGAGAUCGGUCUCGGCAAAGGAAACACCCCCUAAGCUCCUCGCAGCUUGCAACGGCACUGAAUACUUCCUCGCCGCGCUCGUCCCGAUCUUCAUCAUUGAAAAAGUUGGACGGCGCCCUCUGAUGCUCCUCGGCGCCGCCGGCAUGUCCAUUUCCAUGGCAGUCCUCGCAGGAACCAACUACCGGCUGACGCAUCUCGGUGACAACCAAGCUGGUAUUGGACAGGCCGUCUUCCUAUUUGUCUUCAACACUUUCUUUGCUUUUGGGUGGCUCGGCAUGACUUGGCUGUACCCAGCAGAAAUCGUCCCGCUACGUAUUCGUGCCCCCACAAACGCUCUAUCGACCAGUGCCAAUUGGAUCUUCAACUUCAUGGUCGUCAUGAUCACCCCCGUUGCAUUCGACAGCAUCGGGUACAAGACAUACAUCAUUUUCGCCGUCAUAAAUGCAUUCAUGGUCCCAUCCGUCUACUUCUUCUUCCCUGAGACAAAAUACCGUUCCCUGGAAGAGAUGGACGCUAUAUUCAAGAAGUCUACGAAUGUUUUCGAUGUUGUCAAGAUUUCUAUCAAGGAGCCCCACCGUUACGACAAGCACGGCCAGCUUAAACCAGAGUAUCUCGAAGAGGCUAUUCGUCGCGAGAGCACCUCUGUGCAUAUCGCGGGCGAGAAGCUUAACAGUGAGGACAGUGGAUAA